AAAAAAGGCCUAAAUUGACAUAGACAGGUGACAGCAAAAUGAAAAAUAAAUAUUACAACUUAAUUUAAACUAGGUAGACUUAUUUGAAAUGUAUUGAAAGCUACCUUUAAAAUAUUCAAUUCAUUCAAAAUGGCAUUUGUGUAUCAAGUUGACCAAGAUUUAGACGCGAAAGCUAAAAAAACUGCUGAAAGAAUAUCCGAAAACAUGCACAUAGUGGCGAAUGAGCCAUCGCUGGCACUUUUUAGGCUACAAGAACAUGUUCGUAAAGCGCUGCCACCUAUGGUUGAGCGGAGAGUGGAGGUCACCAAACUUCAGCAUGAGCUCCAAGGCAGGUGUUACGAUGUGGAAUAUGCUUUGAGUGCUGUAAAAUCAAUGGAUGGUGCAGCAAACAGCUUCAAGAACAUCCAGGAAAUGUUGAAGCAGUCUAUAUUUUUAAAACAACAGCUUAAAUAUGAGGAAACCAGAAGAAAUAAAAAAGAUACAAAUUCUGUGUACAAACGUCUCUCUGCUCAUAUUGUUCUUGACCUACCGGAUUUGUCUGAGUUUUCAAUGGUCCGGGAGACUACUAACCGGAUAGAGAAUAUGAUGGCUCAUGCCAGGGGAUCAACUGCAGAGUUGCAUAGAUCACACACUACAUUACAUUGAUAGAAUAAGUAGCCAAAGAACUCCAAGUAUCUUGCACAUCUAGUCAUUAAUUUUAAGCAUAGCCAUUAUAUUACAACUAACAGUUUCUAGAGCUGAUGACAGGUUUUAGGAAUGUAUAUGAUAAUUACUAUUAAGUAUUUAUAAUAUAGCCAUUUUGUGUACAAAACAAUUAACACCUUGCCUUUUCUAUUGGUAAAGCAUGAGACCAGAAUCCUCUGAGCCAACAGCAUUUUGAUAAUUUACAGAUAAGGAUUAUGAAAGAUAAUAAUUUAAUAAUAAUUGUCUCUAGUCUAUGACUGAUAAGUAUGCUAUUGUCUGUUAAACCUGCAUUUAUUCCUCUUAUAUAUGUCAUGUAGGCUCCACACUAUUGCCGAACUCAAGACAGAUGCCGAAGCGAAUGCAUGAUCAUUGCAAUAUUUGGUAAGAGUGCUUUUAUUUACAGCAAUUAAAAAUCAGCAAUAUAUACCCAAUCUGCCAAAGUUUGGCGAACUGUUCGUGGAUAGUAUAGAGCCGGCAUCAAAUUAUAACAAUGUCUAUAUAACAUUGCUCAAUUGGCUUUUUAUGUGAAAUGUCUGCAUAAUAAUAACCUGCUUCUUGUAUAGUCACAAAAAAUUAAACAUUUACUAAUACUUAUAACUUUU